AUGUAUCAUAAUUUUAAUUAUAUUGACGACGAAAAUGGACAUAUUAAAAUGUUACCAUCACCAGUUAAACCAAAUGGUGGUAAAUUAAGAACACCAACUUCCAAAGCGACAAUUUUAACAGCAGAUAUAGGGCAUGAAAUUAGAGAAGUUUGGGCACAUAAUUUAGAAUAUGAAAUGUCACUAAUAAGAGAAUUAGUUGAUAUAUAUCCUUGUGUUGCAAUUGACACAGAAUUUCCAGGAUUUGUAAAUAAACCAAUUGAAUCAAUGAGAAUGUAUCCAGAUUAUAAUUAUCAAACAUUAAGAUCAAAUGUAGAUUUAUUAAAGAUAAUUCAAUUUGGAAUAACAUUUUCAGAUAGUACAGGUUGUUUGCCUGUACCAACAUGUACAUGGCAAUUUAAUUUCAAAUUUAGUUUAAAAGAUGAUAUGUAUUCACCAUACGCAAUUGAGUUAUUAAAAAGUUGUGGAAUUGAUUUCCAAAGGAUUGAAGACUAUGGAAUUGAUGUUAAUGAUUUUUCAGAAUUAUUCAUUUCAUCAGGUAUUGUAUUGAAUGAUAAAAUUCAAUGGAUUUGUUUUCAUGGUGGUUACGAUUUCGGUUAUUUAUUAAAAGUUUUAAGUUGUUCAGAAUUACCAAAAUCUGAAUCCGAUUUUUUCGAUCUCUUAAGAAUUUACUUUCCAUGUAUAUACGAUGUAAAAUAUUUAAUGAAAAGUUGUAAAAAUUUAAAAGGUGGUUUAAGUGGUUUAGCUGAAGAUUUAAAUGUGGUCAGAGUCGGUCCUCAACAUCAAGCAGGAAGUGAUUCUUUAUUGACAAAUUCAACAUUUUUUAAAUUAAGAGAGGAAUUUUUUGAAAAUGAAAUUGAUGAUCAUAAAUAUAAAGGAAUUUUAUAUGGUUAUAAUGUCAGUCAAAAUUUUCAUCAUAAUGGUCAUUUGUAA